AUGGCUGUGGAAUCCAGAGCAUCGUCAACCCUCGUAACUCAGGAUCCUCAGGAACAAGAACUACUGCUAGUGAAAGUAGAAGAGGGCCUUUCCUGGGGCCAGAAAUCUAAACAGGAUGGGAGUACCCAAUCCUGCCAAGAAAUGUUUCGCCAACAGUUCAGAAGGUUUUGCUACAAGGAGACACCUGGGCCUCGGGAGGCUUUGGGCCGGCUCCAGGUGCUUUGUUAUCAGUGGCUGAUGCCAGAGUUGCACACGAAGGAGCAGAUCCUAGAACUGCUGGUGUUGGAACAGUUCCUGAGCAUCCUGCCUGAGGAGCUGCAGAUGUGGGUUCAACAACAGAGUCCCAAAAGUGGCGAGGAAGCUGUGACCCUGUUGGAGGAUUUGGAAAGAGAGUUUGAUGACCCAGGGCACCAGGUUCCAGCUAGUUCACAGGGUCCAGCAGUGCCAUGGAAGAAUUUGACAUCUCUUGGAGCAUCCCUAGAGUCAACAAAUGUUCAACUCCCACUUUUAAAGACAAAGCUGCAAUCCUCGGAACCUUACCUUUCCCCCAGAAGUGAUUGUGAAAACAGUCACUUAUCAACAAAGGAGGAAAUUGUGGGAGAAAAAUCACAGGGACCUCCCCUGGACCCUUCAUUCAGAGAAGUCAGUGAACGUGAAAACUGUUUAGAGUGGCAGCAAGGAAGUGCUACAGAGGAGAAACUAAGGUCCUCUUCCCACGGAGACCGUUUCAGUCAAGUGAUCGUCACACAUGAAUCUCUAGGAAAGAGAGAGCAUCCUGAUAGUCCUCAAAGAAACUUGAUUCUAAGUACAAACUCUGUAACGUGUCAGAAAGUUCAUACAGAAGAGAGACCUUAUAAAUGUGAUGUAUGUGGAAACAGCUUCAAGCAGCAUUCCUCUCUGACUCAACAUCAGAGGAUCCAUACUGGAGAAAAACCCUACCAGUGUAACCAGUGUGGAAAGGCCUUUAGCUUGAGGUCAUACCUUAUUAUUCACCAGAGGAUUCAUAGUGGGGAGAAAGCAUAUGAAUGCACUGAAUGUGGGAAAGCCUUCAAUCAGAGCUCAGCCCUUAUUAGACAUCGGAAAAUCCAUACUGGUGAGAAAGCUUGUAAAUGUAAUGAAUGUGGCAAAGCAUUCAGUCAAAGUUCAUACCUGAUUAUACAUCAAAGAAUUCACACUGGUGAGAAACCCUAUGAAUGUAAUGAGUGUGGGAAAACCUUUAGCCAAAGCUCAAAGCUUAUUAGACAUCAGCGAAUUCAUACAGGAGAGAGACCUUAUGAAUGUAAUGAAUGUGGAAAAGCUUUCAGGCAGAGCUCAGAGCUGAUUACUCAUCAACGAAUACACAGUGGAGAGAAACCUUAUGAAUGUAAUGAAUGUGGAAAAGCCUUCAGUUUGAGCUCAAAUCUCAUCAGACAUCAGCGAAUUCAUAGUGGAGAGGAACCUUAUCAGUGUAAUGAAUGUGGCAAAGCCUUCAAAAGGAGCUCAGCCCUUACUCAGCAUCAGAGAAUCCACUCCGCGGAUGAAGCAUAUAUAUGUAACGAAUGCGGGAAAGCUUUCAGGCACCGAUCAGUCCUUUUGCGCCAUCAGAGAGUCCACACUGUAUAG